AUGGCAACUGUCCAUAACCUAAAAGGCACCCCAAAGAACAAGCCACCGCUAAAGGAAAGUAAUACUACUGCUACAAACAUUGCAAAUUCCGACAACAAAGCAAACUUAUUUAUAAAUAAUGAUCCUUUAUACGAUUUUGACGCGCCAAAAUACCGAACAUUUAACGAAGACUCGACGUAUGGGGAAGGUGACUCUUGGUUUGAUAAAAGACUUGGAACACCUGCAAGUCCAUUAAUUACUAAGAAUAAUGCGCCACCUACUAAAAAUCUAUUUGUUCCUGUUAUUGCGAGUUCGUUUUUGUCGAAGCCGCCUCUACCUACUUUACCACAUAAAUCAUAUAAAGAAAAUAAUGCUACUACUACCACCCAUCAAAAGCUUGUGAAUUCCUAUAAUCACAACCAAUAUCACCAGCACCUUGCACCAUCUUUUCACGAAGUAUACAAACUCGACGUACUCACACAAUCACCAUCAACUAAACAAAAAACCAAUGCUAUUACCCACCACAACAAUCACCACCACGCCAAAGGAAAAAAGCUGAUAGAAAAUCCGUCAAAAAUAUACGACGAAUUUAAAGUUGAUCCGUCAGAUACCUACAAUAAGAAUCAGAAGUUCCAGCUGGAACCGGUUCGUAAUUCGAAAAAUACCCUUGAUCAGUUACAUCGAAGCUUGGGGAUCAAGAAAAAGAAUCCGUGCGAUGACCCGUUGUAUAAUUUUGAGGCUCCAAGAUGGGGUGAUUUUAACAAAGACAUGACGUUUGGUAGCGGUGAUUCUUGGUUUGAUCGGCACCUACCUACUCCCGGUCAAUCUUUAAUCAACACCUCAAAAGCGUCGGUGGCUCCUGCAGAACCAAACACAAAAAUCAUUUCAACAAUAGUUCCAGAUAUAAAAAACUUAAACACACAAGAAAAACCAUCAAUAAACUCAACACCAGUAAAAGUAACAGUGGCGCCUACAGAACCAAACGUAAUCAUUUCAACAACAGUUCCAGACCUAAACCCACAAGAAAAACCAUCAAUAAUCUCAACACCAGUCUCGGCGGAUGAAAAGGAACAAAACUUACCAAAAAAAUCUUCCGUUAUUUCAACACCAGUUCCUGAAAAAAUAAAUACACCCAAAAAAUCUCCCGUUAUUACACCAGUUCCUAAAAAAAUAAAUACACCUAAAAAAUUGUUAGUAAAAUUCACAGAGGAGCUAUCAGAAAAAGAAGAAUCAGACUCUCAAAAAAAAUCUUUUAUUAUUUCAACACCAGUUCCUAUAAUUCAAAAGAAGGAACCGAGAUUACCAACCCCAUACCCUAAACAAAAACAACAGUCUCUUGGAAAUACAUCUCCAAUUGAAAACACAAAAGCAAUAGUUCAAACUCAAAAAAGACAAAUUGUAAAGAAGAGAAAAUCACCAUUGAGAUCGCCGCCGAUAAAGGUCAGGGAUUCUUUGACUCGAAGAAAAUCUCGAGGGGUUCAAAAACGUCAACCGAUCUUACACAAAAACGUCACAAUCCCAAAACCAUUCAAAUUCCAUUCAACUUCACGAACAAUUCCACAAGAAAAACGAACAUCAUAUGUCCCGUUGGCCGCUCAAGUACAAAGAUUCUACAACGACAGAUUUAAGUCGUCAACGAUGAAACUUGUUAACCAUGUAAAUAAGAAUACAAUCAAAGCACCACGACCUCCUCUUUUCGCUAAAACGGAACCUUCAACAUCAUCUAGACAUGAUCUAU